UGUGCGCCACCUGGUGGCGGUACUGCGAGUUGCCGAUGGAGCGCUCCGGGAUGCCGGGUGGCGCCAGGAUGAACCUCGCGCUGGGGCUGCUGGUGUUCCUGGGCACGCUGCUGUACUCCUACGUGGAGGCGCUGGUGAAGCUGCUGCUGCCCGCCAAGAGGAAGACCGUCCGCGGGGAGCUGGUGCUGGUGACGGGCGCUGCCCGCGGGCUGGGCAGGGCCACGGCCCGCGAGUUCGCCCGGCGCCAGAGCCGCCUGGUGCUGUGGGACGUCGAGGCGCAUGGCCUCAAGGAGACAGCAACAGAGUGUGAGGGGCUGGGAGCCACCGUUCACACCUUUGUGGUGGACUGCAGCAAAAGAGAGGAGAUCUACAGCGCUGCCGAGAAGGUGAAAAAGGACGUUGGUGAUGUCUCCAUCCUGGUGAAUAAUGCUGGUGUGAUUACAGCUGCUGACCUCCUCUCCACCCAGGACCACCAAAUUGAGAAAAUGUUUGAAAUCAACAUUCUUGCUCACAUUUGGACAACAAGAGCUUUUCUGCCAACAAUGAUGAAGAACAACCAUGGUCACAUUGUCACAGUGGCUUCUGCAGCAGGUCAAUUUGUAACUUCUUUCAUGGUGGCUUACUGUUCAAGCAAGUUUGCUGCAGUUGGAUUUCAUAAAGCCCUAACGGAGGAGCUGUCUUCACUGGGAAAGGAUGGAAUAAAAACAACGUGUCUCUGUCCAGUUUUUAUGAAUACUGGAUUUGUCAAAAACCCCCGUACUAGGCUUGGAAAGAUCUUGGAGGUUGAUGAAGUUGUGAAGGCACUGAUGGAAGGAAUAGUGACCAACCAGAAAAUGGUUUUUGUUCCACCACAGCUGAGCUUUGCUUUACUUUCUGAAAUGUUGAUUCCAGAACGUGCCUCGAAUGUUCUCAAAAAGCUGACUGAUGUUAAGUUUGAUGCAAUUGUUGGGCAUAGAAGCAAUCAGUGA